UUUAGCUUUCUCAAUAUCUAGCAGAGGAUGAGAUUUUUUCUUUCGGGCUUUCAGGAAAGCAAAGCAUAGAGAGGGAGACAUGGGUGAGGUGGUGGUGAGCAGCGAGGAGGAACUGGAAAUGAGAGUAGAGAGUGAGACAGAGGAGGAGAUGGGUGAGACUGAGAGCGAGACCGUGAAGAAUAAACAGAAGAGGAAGAAGAAGGAUAAGAAGGGUGGGAGAUCAAGUGGGGUGGUGAGGUGGGAGAGGUUCUUGAAGAGGAUGAAUCUGAGGGUGUUGCUGGUUGAGGCUGACGAUUGCACCAGGCAGAUUAUAGCUGCGCUUCUCAGGAAAUGUAGCUACAGAGUUGCUGCUGUUCCUGAUGGCUUAAAAGCAUGGGAGAUACUGAAGGGAAGACCACAUAACAUAGACCUCAUAUUGACAGAAGUGGAUUUGCCUUCAAUAUCUGGAUUUGCUCUUCUUACGCUAAUCACGGAGCAUGAGAUUUGCAAAAACAUCCCAGUUAUAAUGAUGUCCAAAGAGGAUUCAGUAAGCACAGUUUAUAAAUGCAUGUUGAGAGGUGCUGCUGACUAUCUUGUUAAGCCUAUUAGGAGAAAUGAGCUGAGAAAUCUGUGGCAGCAUGUUUGGAGAAGACAAUCUUUGAAUGCUGGCGUAAAUAAUCCCCUAGAUGAGAGUGUUGCACAACAAAAUGAAGAAGCCACUUCAGAAAACAACGCUGCAAGUAACCAUUCAAGUGGUCAAAUGGCUUGCAGACAGAGAAAUAAUGAGCAAAUUGAAAAUGGGAGUGAUACUCAGAGCUCUUGUACAAAGCCAGAGUUGGAAGUGGAAAGUGCCCCAAUGGAAAAUAUCCAGGAAUUCUCACAGCCAAAAUGGGGCAAAUUGUUUCCCAGUGACACAGUAUUGCAAAAGGAUGAAGCAUGCAUCAAUAUGGGCCAGAAUUUACUUGUGCAUGAGAGUGAAGCUGGGGGAUCAGUGGUGGACACCUCCAAGGAUGAUAUCGCAACUUCUCUUGGCAAUGAGAAUUGUGACAAUAAUUAUACCCUUGUCAACUCUUCUAGAGAAGCCAUUGACUUGAUUGGAGCAUUUCGUAACUAUCCAAACGGCAGUAGUGAAGGCAUAGACGAGUUUGAUUCUUUGCCGCAAUUGGAUCUUUCCUUGAAAAGAUCUCAUUCCAGUGCCUUUUGGAAUGAAUAUACUGAAGAAAGGCGUACCCUUGGACAUUCUAAUGCCUCAGCCUUUACACGGUACACUAACAGGCCAUUACAAUCCCCCAAUACAACGGUCGCCUGUGCUUCUAAUCAUAUGAAAGAGAAUGGAACAAAUUCCGAGAUAAUGCUAUCCAACAUUGUUGCUGGUUGUAGCUCUGAUACUCCUGGUAUCACACAAAGUGCACAAAGAAGUAUUAUCUCUCUGGCCACUGGUCAAUCUAAAGAAUCUGAAGGUGCAACUUCAUGCUCUCAGCAGAGAUUAUUUCCUGUGCCAGUUCCAGUGAAAGGUAUAAGAAUUAAUAAUCUAUUCACGGGCUUUGGUUCUGUACUUCCUCCAAUAUUUUCUACACAAUCUGGUCCAUCACCAAUGCCGAGUCCAAGUUCAUUUACACAGCAGGACCCCUCCUUCCAAGUGAAAAUGUUUUAUCAAUCAAACCUUGAAAAUAGUAAUUUUGAGCAGCAGCAUGAUCCACAUAGUCAAAAUACAAACAAUGCUGCAGACCAGACUAUAAACAAGCAGGAACACAAAUUGGAUUCGCUGGAGGACCGAGGGCAUAUAUCUCCAGCUACUGAUCAGAGUGCGAGUAGUAGUUUCUGUAACGGCGGUGUGAGCCGUCAUAAUAGCAUUGGGUACGGAAGUACAUGUGGAAGUAACAGCAAUGCCGAUAACAUUGCCUUUGUUGGGGCUGCUUCGGAGAGCAAGAAUGAGGAAGGUUUAUUUACUCCUACUGGAACUUCCCAUCGAUCCAUCCAAAGAGAAAUGGCUCUAAACAAGUUUCGCUUGAAGAGAAAAGAAAGAUGCUAUGAGAAGAAGGUUCGGUACGAGAGCAGAAAAAAACUUGCUGAGCAGCGUCCCCGAGUUAAAGGACAGUUUGUUCGGCAAGCGCAUACUGAUCAUCCCCCACCUGCAGAAACUGAUGGCAAUUCCUCAAUUUGACUCAAUUUGAUGUAAACAAACCCUUUACUAGUUAGUGUCCUUUUAUGAACAAGAGUGUGUCAAAGCGUAUACGUAGGUCUUAUCGAAGUACGGAUGCAACGUUGGUUAUCUAAGAAUUAUUUAUAGAAACUGAUAAUAAAAUAAAGAACACAUGUUACAUA